AAUACUGAUUUAGUUAUAAAAAUAGCGAAAAAUCGUAAACUUUCAAAACAUUUCAUUACAAUAUAAAUUCAUAAAUCUUAUUCAAUUUCAAAAUUCAACUAUGAGUCAAAGUACUUUACAAAAUAAUCAAAAUAAUCCCACCUUUACUGAAUUGCAAUCUACUGUAAUUCAACCGGGACAAUCUUCAAAUAUUAAUUAUAGUGAUGUGAAUGUCAAUUCUUCCGAAAAUAGUUUCCCAACAUUUUAUGAAAAUACCAAUAAUUCAGAUCUAUUACCAACUUCUAAUGAAUAUACCGCUUCAACCUCAACUCCAAUUGUCUCCUCGUAUGCUCCGCAGUAUGUUGAGCCACAGCAACCUAUUGAAAAUAUUCCUUCUCCACUUAACUCAUUUAAUAUGACUAUUUACCCUUCUCAAUCUGAUAUCCUUAGUUUUGAUAUUCCCGGAUUUAAAAUUAUCGUCAUACCUACUUUUUCUCAACAGGAAAAUACUUAUUUGAAUUAUUCUUCUUCAAAUAUCACGAAUACACAAUUUCAACAAUAA